UUACUGGUUGAGUCUCCUCAAGGAUUGAUGAUCCACGGUGACGUGUAUGUGUUUCCCUGCAUUUGACUCUCUGCUGCUAAUUGGACCGAUGGCUGAUUGUAUUGUUACAGAGGGAGUGGAAAGUCGAUGCUGAUGGACUUAUUCGCCGCGUCUCUGCCGCACGGCUCGAAACGACGCUGGCAUUACCACAGUUUCAUGCUCUCAGUCUACUCGCGCAUCCACCGCGAAACCCAACGGCACCAGCGACUGCGCUUCCUUCCCGACAGCUCGGUCAAGAAGCAGCGGAUCAACCUGCAGAACGAGUACGUGCUGCUGAAGAUCGCGCAGGAGUUGGUGGAGGAGAGCGCGGUGCUGCUGCUGGACGAGUUUAUGUUGCCGGAUAUUGCGGCGGCGAAGAUUGUGCGCACGCUGUUUACGUAUUUUUUCAAGAUGGGAGGGGUGCUUGUUGCGACGUCGAAUCGGUUGCCGAAAGAGCUGUAUUCUGCUGAUUUCAAGAAAUCGCAAUUCGGAUCGUUUUACGACAUUCUUCAGGCGCGAUGCAUCUCAUAUGACAUGCGCAGCCAACGUGACUGGCGUCGGAUUCUAUGCGAGGAGUCCGCGGUAGAGGAAGCAGACAAGCGACGGAUACAGCGAUACUGGGUCGCUGGCCGGGAUCCGGAGGCCGCGUGGGAGGAGAUGCUGCGGGAGAUGACGUCGUCGGCUGCAGAUAAUAGGGCAGAGACUGCGAACGAGGAUGUCGAGGAGAUCAAGGUGUACGGCCGAACGGUGCGGAUUCCGUGGGCGAGGGACGGGGUUGCAAAGUUUACGUUUGAAGAGCUAUGCGACUCGCCGCUUGCGGGCGCGGAUUACAUUUCGAUUGCGUCGCGGUACCACACGGUGAUUCUGGACGGCGUGCCGGCGCUGCGGUUGAACAAGAAGAACCAGGCGCGGCGGAUGAUUACGCUGCUGGACGCGCUGUACGAGUGCCGGGUGCGGCUUGUGGUGAGAGCAGAGACUGAGGCCGAUGAGCUAUUUUUUCCCGAGAUGAAGCGCCACGGCGUGAGCGCGGCCGAGGUCGAGGUUGGUAAGAAUAGCCGUGGCGCGACGCAGCAGCAGGAGGAGGAGGAGGAGGACUCGCUCGAGUUGGAGAUGUACUCUGAGGUUGAUCUGGACCUGUCAAGUCCGUACCGACCGAAUGUGUCUGCGUACGACGAGACGGAGAAGGAGAAGACGUUUGCUACGGCGGCGGCGCCGGGGGUGGCAGACGGACGCGAGACAGGGGAGGGUCAGACGAGUGAUUACACGCGAGCGUCGGCGUUUACGGGCGAGGACGAGAGGUUUGCGUUCAAGCGGGCAAUCUCGCGGUUGAAGGAGAUGACGGGUUCGGACGCGUGGUGGGAGCAGGAGCGGUGGAUGCCGGUGGACGAGGCGGUGCGGACGUGGGAAGGGAGUUUGAGUUUACAGAACAAAAAGAGCAAGGGUGGUGUUAUAGAAGACGGUAGCGAGCGCGCGGGAUUACAUGGACGAUGGGAAGGUACGGAGACGAACGCGUUUCAGAGAUAUAACGAAGAACCGGCGCCGCGAUUCAGCGUUGCGCAUUUCUGGUCGAUGGUAAGUUGGGGGCCGGGCAAGCGGCGUGACGAGCGCACGCGGCGGUGGAUGCGCGGCGCGGAGGGGUUUGGAGGGGAGGGAGAGAGAGAGAGAGAGAAAGAGCGGAAGCGAGAGGAGGAAUGAAAGACAAAAAUGCAGAGACGGGCUGAUAUUGGUUUUUGGAUAUCCACCGGAAUGAAGGCGAGCCGGAGGAGGCAGGAGGUAAAUAGUGAGAAAAUAGAAGUUGAUGAGGUCGGAGAUGAGAAUGAAUGAAUGUGACAGUGCGGAGUCCGAGCAGCACGCGCCGACGGAAAUAGAGAUGGAAAUGC